AUGGUAAGUGCGAAUUUACGUAAUUUACAGCUACGUGGAGAAAGCGACAACAGUUCAAUCGAUGACACCAUACAGGAAAAUGAUCUAAACUCUCUGUCAAUACAAAACAUGUUAUUGGACGAAAACCAAGAGUACAAUGGUAUACCGCGGCACGAUGACGAAUCAUACAAGUACAGAGGGAUUUAUAAGAAGAGAAAGGAGAAGAAGAAAAAGAAGAAGAGCGAGGAGGUUAAGAAGCAGCCCAGCAACCGGCGCAUCGUUAACCUGCCAGCUUCGCAGCCGUACAUACGCAUUGUGGACGGCGAAGAAAGGCUGUGCUUCAAGUACAACACAAAGAUUAGCGAGACUGCGCUGAAUGCGAUGCCUAGAACAGAGCUUGAGGACAACGAGUUCUGUGUGCGUUUUGAUUUGGAGAGCGUUGAUAUAACAAAGCUUAACGAGAAGUUUAAAAUGGACAACUGUGUAUACCCCAGAGCAAACGUUCCGUUCGAGAUGUACACCGGCAACAGAUGGGAGUACGAAACGGAGUGUAAUAUGCUCGCUUGGCAGUUUGUCUCGCUCAAUCCCAUCCUGCUCUACGGUAAGAAAGGACUUAUACAGCGUGCGGUGGACUCGUACCGGAAUAUCAACAAGCAGAGCAGAGGACGAAGAAUUGUAAAGCAGGACCAUUUCAACGGCAUACUGAAAAGACGGCACUCAGAUCUUACGCCACAGAAUGUUACGAUCCACUGGUCGAUCAAGGGGGUGAACAGGAAGUGCAAAGUGCGUGUGGAUGUUGAGAAUGUUGAUUACGAGAAGAUUGAUGUGGAUUUCAAGUGCAAAUACGCCGUGUAUAGCGACGAGUUCGACGACAAGUCAUUUGGACUCAAUAAGUGGGAGUCUAACAACGCAGAUAACAUUCUGGCGGUGAAAAUAGCGUAUCUGAAUGUGGAUAACACCACGUUCUGGAACGCGAUAAAAGCCACAGACAAAGCGACCGUCCUGAAGAAGGCGGUCGAGGCGUACAAGAAUAGGUCAGAGGAUUAUGUGAGUGAGGAGGAUGAGGAGAAGAUCGAGCUGUCUGAUAUUGUGGUUGAUACCCUUAACAAAGUGUAUGAAGACGGGAAAGACGAGAAUUUUUACCUCUUUGAUGUGAAAUCAAAGGAGGAGAAACGAAAUUAUUAAAUAAAGACAUUAAAGGA